UUCUUUAGAUUUUCGAGCAAUAAUAGUAAAUAUAAGAAAAGGGGAAUAUUCUCUGAUUCCCAGAGAACAGAGGAUUUAGGGUGACUUCUAAUUUGGAUUUCAAAUUGUUUAGUUGAAAUUUCCUAUCAACUGGGUAGAUAUUUCUAUGUGCUGUGCUGGCCGUUUCUCACCCCAAAACCAUGGUCUCUGCUUUGCUACAAGACAACGUCACUCCUCCACUUUCUCCCCAAUCACCACCAUCUUCCUCGUAACCAUCGGCCACCAAUCUCCUCCCGAACUCAAUCUUUUCCAAUUACCGCCUUUUCUUUCCCCUCAGAUUUCUUUCUGGUUACCAAUCUUCGUCAGUAGCGUAUUCACUGCCGCUCGAUCACACCCAAUUCUCCAUAUCUGGCGGUGAUCUGCAUCGGUUUGUCUUCACUUUUCCACUGGGUUGCAUUCUACUCCAGAAAAUUCUGCACCCAGUCACAAACGAUUCCUCGGUUUCUCCAAUGAUUGCCACCAGUUCUUUCUGACCUCCCGCUUGGGUCGCACUCCAUUUUUGAAAAACCGUCCGUCACUAGUGUGAUUUUGCUUGACAUGGAGGGGCAGAAGAACCAAGUUGUUGAUGAAGCAAGAAGCAUAUUGUUUAAGAAAUACGAGAUGGGAAAGCUUCUUGGGCAGGGCACCUUCGCAAAGGUGUACCACGCGAAGAGGCUUGGGAGUGGGGACAGCGUUGCCAUCAAGGUGAUCAACAAGGACCACGUGAAGAAACAGGGCAUGAUGGAGCAGAUCCAGCGCGAAAUCUCUGUUAUGCGCCUUGUUCGCCAUCCCAAUGUGGUGGAAUUGAAGGAAGUGAUGGCCACGAAGACCAAAAUCUUCUUCGCCAUGGAGUUCGUAAAGGGUGGUGAAUUGUUCGCAAAAGUGGCCAAGGGAAGGCUCAAAGAGGAUUCGGCUAGAAAAUACUUCCAGCAGCUUGUCAGCGCCAUCGAUUUUUGCCACAGCAGAGGCGUUUCCCACCGCGAUCUCAAACCCGAAAACUUGCUCCUCGAUGAAAACGAGAACUUGAAAGUCUCCGAUUUUGGGCUGUCGUCGUUGCCGGAGCAGCUCAGAAAUGAUGGAUUGCUGCACACACAGUGUGGGACGCCAGCAUACGUGGCGCCGGAGGUGUUGAGGAAGCGAGGCUACGACGGAGCCAAGGCCGAUACAUGGUCUUGUGGGGUUAUUCUCUAUGUUCUGCUUUGCGGCUUUCUUCCAUUUCGAGCAGAGAAUGUUAUGAAGAUGUACACCAAGGUUUUCAAGGCAGAGUUCGAGUUUCCUCCAUGGGUUUCGACCCAAGCAAAGCGGCUGAUAUCGAAGCUCCUAGUUGCUGAUCCCGAGAAACGAAUCACCAUUUCUGCGAUCAUGGAGGAUCCUUGGUUUCAGAAAGGUUUCAGGAAGCCUAUUGCCUUUUCAAUUGAAGAACAAGAGAACAACGAGGAGUGGCAAGGGUGUAGAGGGGAGGUGGAAAUGGUGAGAACAAAGUCCUCACCACCUUUCUACAACGCCUUCGAGUUCAUCUCCUCAAUGUCAUCGGGCUUCGACUUGUCCAGCUUGUUCCUGAGCAAGAGGAAGUCGGGCUCCAUGUUCACCUCCAAGUGCUCCGCCUCAACCAUCAUGGCCAAGCUCGAAUCACUGGCCCAGAAGCUCAAUUUCAGAGUGGUGAACGUGAAGGACUUCAAGGUGAAAAUGCAGGGGCUAGUGGAUGGGCGAAAGGGGAAGUUGUCGGUAACGGCCGAGGUGUUCGAGGUGGCGCCGGAAGUGGCCUUGGUCCAAUUCUCCAAGUCCGCCGGUGACACCCUCGAGUACACCAAGUUUUGUGAGGAGGAGGCCAGGCCUGCUCUCAAAGACAUUGUUUGGAGUUGGCAAGGUGAAAAUGAGUGCAGUGAUCAUCAGAGGCCCAUAGUCCAUGAAAAUGGAGCCGAAAUCUGCGCAUAAACAGCCCCCAAAUGUCUGGAAUUGCUUUAAUUUCCUGAGAUUUUGUGUUAUAGGCAACCUUAUAGAAUUUUCUUUUUUUACAAAAUCAGUAUCAUAUGAUCUCUACACCUAUUCCCAGAAACAAUCGCUUCUUGGAAUUGGCAUGAAAGGGGUCUCAGCAGCAGUAGUUGUAGAAAUGGAUAAUUCCCUUUAUCCUUAACCUUUUUUGACUUACUUUUGUACAAAGUAGGAGUGGAUGGCGUGGGUUUGCGACAAGUGAGCAUUGUAAGAAUGUUGUUGUAACUAAAAGUAAAUGAUAAUUUGUUCCCAGUUUGUAUUU